AUGUACGCGCCCGUGUUCGACAGCGGCCUCCUAUGGUUCACGUACGGCGGCAAAUCACGCGCUUCUCCGUACCGUCCCAUUUUCUGCGGACUACACGUCGAGGCGGCGUACAAGCUGCUCCUGCUCAGCCUGACCACCGUUGCCCGCUUGACUCGCCACGAUGAGCAGUUGAUCGACGAUGCGUACAGCACUUUGGUUUCGACAGCCGUUCGCAUGGUGAGCGACUCCGAGUGGCUGGACGACGAAAGCAAGGCUCUCGCAACGCGCAAGCUGUCGUCGCUGCGAGUUCGAGUGUGGCCCCCGUCGGAGUACACGGACAACGGUGUGCUGGAGGAGUAUUACAAGGAGUACCCACGCGGAAGCGAGACAUUUAGGGAGUACUGGGUAACCGUCCGCCGUCUCAUAUCCAAGCAAAAAAGGGCUGGAGAAUCGCGCGUCGCCGAUAGCUUGCCGACGAAUUACUUCCCGGCACACUUGAUAUACGACUACAUCCUAAACAGCAUGGAUUUGCCGAUAGGAAUCAUAGACAGACCCAUCUAUUAUCCAAUGGGAACCGACGCCAUGUUCUACGGGGGCCUCGGCUUCCUGUUUGCCAAGGAAAUGGUAAAGGCCCUAGACAGUAUCGGCCUGCGGUGGCACCCGGACGGACACCAAGUCGACUCCAUCUUUCUCGCAGGCCUCGACAAGCGAGUUCCGGUUCAAGGACAGCUGCUUGAGGAGCCAGGGUAG